GCAGUCACCACGGCCCAGCCAAACGCAGGUGCUGCUCCCAAAACCGGCCGCUCCAAGAAGGCCCCGGAGGAGCCAGCGGCGAGGGCUCCGGACGUGGACUCGCUGGGCUUCCAGGCCAUGGACCGCAACGUGCCGGGGCUGUCCCACGUCAUCCUGCAAAAGCUCAACAUGAAAAGCUACGAGGACUACAAGUCUGCCAUGGACGGGAGGAAGAGCGGCAGCGAUUUUGGCAUCCGGACGUAUUUUGACAUGUUCCAGAAGAUGGAGGACACCUUCAAGUUUUGUGUUGAGUGCAAGAAGCUCCCUGAUGCCCUCCCAGACCCCAAAAGCCUCCGGCGUUGCAAGAGGUGCCAAAAUGUGUACUACUGCGGCGUGGCAUGCCAGCGUGCCAACUGGCCGCUGCACAAGAAGUUCUGCAAGAAGCUGAAGCUGGUGGCCCUGGACCGGCUGGUGGAGUGGCUCAUCUUCACAGGAGACAUCCCAUUUCCCACGGACACCUGGACGAAACCUGCCUGGGACGUGAAGGGCUGGGAGGACUGGUUCUCCAUGCAGGAGCAGCUGGAGGAGAAGCUGGGUGCCAUUGUGGCCGGGCGAUACAUGACCCUGCUCUGGGCCAACGCCGGGAAGCCCCGGCCAGAGGACGCGGAGCUGCGGGAAUCCAUCCGGCGCCUGGUCACCGACUUCCACUCGCGCCCGCUCACCAUCGGCCUGGGACUGCGGCUUUUCGGCAUCGACCCCCUCAUCAGGCCCCUCACCGUGCACGUGGUGGGGGCUUCCCACGUGGAGACCCUCAACACGCGCCUGACGGACUACGACGAGCUGACACGGAUGUUCCCAGGCCACCAGGGCGUGGAGAUGGUGAUGGUGGGGGUGGACGUGGUGGACGGACCCAUCAUGAGGCCACCCCUGACCACGCUGGCGCCCCGGGGAAGUGUCUAUCUCAGCAGCUACAAGGGGCUCUACCACGACUUCUGGGAAAGCCACGUGGAAACCAAGCUGGCCGCCCCUCCUGACCUGGUGGUGGGCUUUCACCCGGGUUUCCAUGCCUGCCCAGACCUGCUGGCAGGCUGGCUGCCCACCCUGCUGCUGCUGCGGGACUAUCGCCUGCCCGUGCUCUUCACUGUGUACAGUGAGCAGGAGCUGAAGGCCUCCCUGCAGAUCCUUGUGGAGCUGGAGAUGCACAUUGUGGGUUAUGCCAGCAACCCCUUUGCCUCUCUGCGGCCUGAGCAGGUGUACUCGAGCCCCAACAAGCCGCCCGUCUACUGCAGCUCCCACUACAUCGCCCUGCUGGGAGCAGAGGCUGUGCCAGGGGCUGAGGAGCUGGAGGAUGAUGAUGGCUGGCAGGGAGGAGAGCCCAGUGCUGCUGCUGCUGUGGCUGGGGGCAUUGCCCCAGGGCUGGGCUGA